AGUCCUGCCCACGAGAAGCCCAGGGAUGAGUGCUGCCGGCCACCCGCCCACCCGCUUCCACCGAAUCCACGGGGCCAAUGUCUGCGUCGACCCUUCGGGCACCCAGGCCACCCGCGUGGAGAGCUUUGCCAACGGCGUCUGCUUCAGCCGGGAGCCCCUGGCGCCCGGGCAGAUCUUCCUGGUGGAGAUCGAGGAGAAGGAGCUGGGCUGGUGCGGCCACCUGCGGGUGGGGCUGACCGCCCAUGACCCUCGCAGCCUGGAGACAGUGCCCGAGUACUCCCUGCCAGACCUGGUCAACCUGGGCGACAGCUGGGUCUUCGCCAUCACCCGCAACCACAACCGGGUCGCCCCGGACGCUGCCGGGGAAGAGGCCUCCGCCCGGGUGAGGGGCUUCCUCUCUGACCCCUACUUGCUCAUCGAGAAGGUCAGGAUCCCUCGGGACAAGCUGGUGGGUCGCAGCAGGCCAGGCCGCUACAGCCACCUCCUGGACGACCUGUACAGGACCAAUGUGCUCCCUGCCACCGCCCGGAGGAGCAGGAUCGGGGUGCUGUUCGCCCUGCAGCCGGACGGGACAGCCGACAUGCACAUUGUCAUCAACGGCGAGGACAUGGGUCCCAGCGCCAGGGGUCUCCCGGGCUCCCGGCCCCUUUACGCCGUGGUCGACAUCUUUGCUUCCACCAAGAGCGUCCGCCUCAUCCAGGUGGAAUACGGAUGUAGGUAUCCCCAGCUCCCAAACUGGCAUUGCCCCGGACCAUGGGGCAAAGGGCCGUAGCUCAAAGGUGGAGCAGCCUCAUGGCAGCUGUGGGGCUGGGAGAGACGACUCCUGCCUGGAACCCUGGAGGGGCAUUGCUGCCAGUCAGUGUAGGCCGUACUAAGCUAGAUAGACCAAUGGGCAGACUGCACGAGGCAGCUUCCUAGGCAGAUCAGAGCUGGUGGAUGCCAUUGUCACAAGAAGGGAGACUUUCUGGAGGUUCGGAUCCUGAUGGCCUCAAGGCAAGAGCUGGGUGGGCUACUUGGGUGAAGGGGAGAGGGAGAGAGGAGGAGGCCAAGCCCAGAAGCAGGCAGCCGGCUGCUGGGUCGUCUUAGGAAGGGCAGGGGGCAGUGGACAGGGAAAAUGAGCCUUGCCCCAAAGGGGUCUGCAGCUGAUAUGAGGUAAGAAGGCAGGAGGAGAGGGAGGUUUAGCACUGUCUAUACAAAUAAGGCACUUUGAAAAGCCUAGAAUUGUGGACUUAGGAGGGGUCCCACGGGGUCAUCUGGUCCCACCCCUGCCAUGCAGGAAUCACAGCAGGUUGGUCCAGCAUAGUGGCAGGAAUGAGAUGGAGCAAUAACUGGAUGUUCCAGGUGCGAUUCUUGUCACUGGGAGACCGAAGCCCCUGCUCCCUCAGUCCGCACUAGGGAAAUGAUACUGAUUCAAUUGCCAAAGCUAGUCUAAGUACAGUGGUACCUCGGGUUACAGACGCUUCAGGUUACAGACUCCACUAACCCAGAAAUACCGUAGUACCUCGGGUUAAGAACUUUGCUUCAGGAUGAGAACAGAAAUCGUGCGCUGGCGGCAGCGGGAGGCCCCAUUAGCUAAAGUGGUACCUCAGGUUAAGAACAGUUUCACGUUAAGAACGGAUCUCCAGAACGAUUUAAGUUCUUAACCCGAGAUACCACUGUAUUCUGAGAAGACGACAAAGCACUUUGAACACUCUGAAACACGCAGUCUGAAUGUCAAGCCCAAUCGCCUGGGAGCAGAGAGACCAGGAGGCAGCGGAGCCAUAGAGGCAGGAGUCCAGGAAGGAGCCUGACAAAGAGGAUCGCAGAAUCCUAGGGAUGCGAGGGACCCCAAAGGGUCUUCUAGCCCCGGGAAGCACAGAUCAAGAGUGCCAACAACUCUUGCCGCCAGAAAGAUCUCCUAAGGAUUAGUCAGGCUCUCCUUUCUCGUAAUCUGAAUCCAGGGCUAAGGGAGAUCCAGGAGGUGUUUCUGGCUGCAUUAUCUGUUGGCAAACAGAGCAGGGGUAUAAUUAGCAAGCAUCCCUCGCUGGCCGCUCUCUUCAGUCCCAUGUGCGCAAGGGAUCUAUUUUUAGGGAGGGUUUGUUUUCUCUGCCGCACUGGCAAAGCCCUUGCCCCUUUGCCAGCCUGCCUUCGUGGCCAGUGGUUCUCCCGCCCGGGCAAGGAGGAACGUGGUGGGCCGGGUGCGAGGUUCGGGGAGGCCAUGGAAUGCAGCCACCCCACGGGGCUUGCUGUGGCUUAGCUGCAGGUGGCAGUCAGUAGUUAACCUACGGAACUCCCUUCCACAGGAGGCAGCGAUGGCCAUCAACUUAAUAAUAAUAAUAAAAUAAUAAAAUUUUAUUUAUAUUCCCGCCCUUCCCAGCCAAAGCCGGGCUCAGAGCGGCUAACAACAAUAAAAGUAACACAGCAUUCUAAAAUCCAUUCAUUCUAAAAUAAAUUCAAAAUCAAAUUAAUGGCAACCAUUGGGCUAGAGUUCUGUGAGGAUUACCAAAGGACUGUGCCUUGGCCAAAGGCCUGGUGGAACAGCUCUGUCUUGCAGGCCCUGCGGAAAGAUGUCAAGUCCUGCAGGGCCCUAGUCUCUUGGGACAGAGUGUUCCACCAGAUCGGAGCCACAGCCAAAAAAGCCCUGGCUCUAGUUGAGGCCAACCUAGCCUCCCUGUGGCCCAGGACCUCCAAGACGUUUUGGUUUUCAAGGAGGAUUGGCCCAAUUCACAGAAGAAAAUAAAGCUACUGAGGGCUACCAGCCACAGUGGCUCUGCUCUGCCUCCACAAUGUUCAUGUGCCUGAAUCCUGUUUUAGUGUUUCUCUGCUCAGCAACUGUGAGAACUGGAUGCUGGGCCAGGCGGGCCAUGGGCCUGAUCCAGCACCCUCUUCCUAUGAAGGCUUGUGAUAACAGAACCUCCAGGCCCAGGGACAGUCUAUCUCUGAACACUAGACUAUGGGGAACAACCAUUGGAGAAUGCUUUGGCACUUGGGUCCUGCUUGUGGGCUUGGAUCCUGCUGGCCUCUGUGAGGCUGGGAUGCUGGACUAGAUGAGUCCCUGGCCUGAUCCGGGAGGCUCUUCUGGUGCUAACAGACCAUAAUAACAUGUUAAAAAGAGAGCGAGCCCUGCAGAGAGAGAGGCUGCGGAGGGCCAGGCACGAGGGCUCAUUGUGCUGCAGAGAAAGCCUAGCUCCACUUCCUCCAGGUUUUGCCCAUUCCAUGCCCAACGCCAAAUCGCGGAGGUCCUUGCCUGGCUUUGCCAGCUGUGCCCCAUGAAGCUGCAAAGAAAGAUGAGCUGGGAUGUGUGGAAAUCCUCUUGCCAUGCAAGACCUUCCUUGGCCAGAAAGGACCUUUUCCUUCUCUAGCUGACAUUCGCACAGAAAGGAUGCAAAAGGCGCUUUCUGCGUCGUGUGUGGGAACAGUGGGAGGCUCCACAGAUUUGCUGGAACCAAGGAAUAAAGAAUCACAGAAUCAGAAUCAGAAGGGAUCCCUCAGGGUCAUCCAGACCAACCUCCAGCCAUGCAGGAACCACACCUAACAAGCCCCACCCAACCUCUGCUUAAAAACCUCCAGUGAAGGACACCAACUUCCGAGUAACUUGGAGCGUUUCCUUUCUGCCUUUUAGGGUAGUCUUUAAAAGAUAUCUGGAGGUUACAUUUCUUCUUGAAAUGGGGAGGGGCAUCCGUUUUGCAGUCAAAAAACUGAGUAUGCCUUUCCGAACAUCUCUUUCUCAAGUUAAAUAUCUGAUGCCUCUUAGCAACAAUGUUCUGCUACAGAGCAGCUUCCUUUUUUUUAUUAUUAUUAAAUUUUAUUAAAUGUUACCAAAAAUAUGAAAAGAAAAAAAGAAAUAGAAACAAUACAUAACCAUACAUUAAAACAUUCAUCUACACAAUUUUCCAGAAUGCAGACUAGAAAAGAAGAAAGACAAAAGAUAGAAGAAAGAAACAAGAAAAAGAAUGAAGGGGGGGGAAAAAAUACUUUUCAUAAUCAAUUAUUCCAAAUUCAUACUUCAAACAUUACAAUAUAUAAAUCCUAGUUAAAAUAUUAUAAAGGACUUCCACCGCAUUCUUUGGCAAGGAGUUUCACCAAAACACGCUGAGAACUGGGUCUAGUUCCGCAAAGUUCUCUUUUUUUGUCUCUGGGAUGUCAUGCUGUGAAAGAACCUCCUUAGAGAGGUGUGCCAAUUUCCUCUUUGGCCUGCAUGCAAAUUCCUCCCCCCUCUGCUUCCUGGUAACCUGGGAAAGGCAUGCAAGAAGCAUUAAGCCCAAGGCAGGGUUGAUGCCCCACCUCAGUUCAGCCCCCCCCCCCCCCCCGGAUGAGACCUGUCCAAACAAGAAAGCUUCUGUGGCUGCAGAGACCGAUAUGGGAGAGACAUGUUUUGUUGCAGCUGGGGCAAAGGAAGGCGUCCGGUUGUGCUGCUACAGAUGCGCCUGGGUGUAUUGUCCUUUCUGCGCUUCUCCCAGCGGUCAUUCCUCCUCUGCUUCCUGCUAUGAAUGUCUGCCUCCAGGCACUGCGGUCAUCUGCAAAGGAUUCCCACACACUGGGGUUGAUGUUGCCAGCCUUCAUGUCACAAUUGAUACAGCAGACUCUUCUCGUGUCCUUAUGCUAACCAAACCACAGAGUCUUGCAUUGCUAGAGGACUCCCCUCGCACUUUGAAAGCAGUCCAAGUGUAUUAGCAGAGUGACAGGCCGCUUGGUGGUUUUCAGUCUUCAGGAUCCUUUAGGGCGUUGAAAGGGAGGCAGCGGCGUUGGCAAAACAAGCCCGGUUGUUGUGUUAGGAACAUGGAAGUUAUGUCUGGAAGCACCAGCAGGUGAAGAGAGAUGGUGCCUCUGACAGGGAGCCAAAGGGAGGUUUUCACCCAAGGUGUGAGGCGCAGCUUGUCUUUGGCAUGUACAUACUGGCAAAGUGGGUGAGGAAUGAAGGGGGAAGUUGGUUCCCCAUGCCAAAGUGGCGUGCUGCCACCCCAAGGGCUGGCCCUCCAUGGGCUUAUGAGUAUCAAGCCUUCAUCUUAACAAAAACAUUCACAAGCCCAGGGCCGUCUUAACCAUAAGCGCAAGGGGUGUGGGGCACCCGGGCACCAGGCUUUCAGGGGUGCCAGGCCGAGAGCCCGAGGCCCGAGAAUUGGAGGCCGGGAAAGAGCCUGCCUGUUGGUCGGAGCGCCGCGGCUGCGAGUUUGGGGGCAAGCGAGUCAGCGAGGUGCUGAGGCAGUCAGUUGGCUCCCCCCUCCUGCAUGCCUGGGAUUGGUGUGGGGCCGUGGAGAGGCCUGCCCAGCACACGCUGCUUACACCACGAGGCGCCGGGCGCCAUAAGAGGAAUGGGUCCCAAUCCUCAUGCUGAGGUUGUUUCACAGCCAAGUCCCCUUCUUUAUCUUCUUUUCCUCCCAGUCCCCUCCCUGCAGACCCUCUGCCGGCUGGCCAUCCAGAAGCACAUUGCCCACCGACUAGACAUCGAUGGGCUUGACCUCCCUCCAUCGCUGAAGAACUUCUGCAAAUAUGAGUGACGUGACCAAGGCAUCUUCUUCGCCUGCACGAGUCGCCCACCCAAGAGACUUGAUGGAGGGUCUGCAAGAACGAGCCGAGAGCAGUGAAGCCGUGCUUCGUCCUUGCUCUGUCCCCAGAAUGCCUGCCUUAUGGGCCUCACUUCCCACGUAGCCACUGGGGAGCCACGUAUAUGGCGAGAGACUCACUGAAGGGGCAAGACCACCAGCAGCAGCCCUCUAAACAACAGCAGGACCCUGAAAUAGCAGGAACAGUCCAAGGGAGGAUUUGAUUUUCAGACUGCAAGAUGUAGUGGUGAAUUGGAAGUACCGGCCAACUGCCCUGUUUCUAGGUGUACUGGGAACUACAGAAUAUGCUCUGAGAGACAGGCUACAUGCGAAGAGAUUUUUUUAAAAAGAUCACAUAGGGGAAUCUGUUUACUCAGAACAUGCCAAGAAUGUUUCUGCAGGAAAAAUUAAGCCUUGAGCGAGUUUGGUAAGCGAGGAAGUGCCCUAUUUUUCUCGCUGAUCCAGCUCUGAGAACAAAGGCACGCUUUCCCUCUGAGAAGGUGACUUGACUUCUACACACGUGUAAAGCUGAGGCGAGGGAGCAGCUCUACGCAAGCGUGUGAAGUUUAUAGGGCCACGGGCUCCACUUUUGUGGGUUCCCCACCGGCCCGCUGUUGUUCUGACCCAACAUCACAGUGGUGCGUUUAUGGAAGAAAUGAACUAUGUAGACCUUCCUGUGACGUGAACUCCGAAGCCCAGAGGGUGUUGCUGCUAUGGGGAAAGGGGGGCACACGAGGCUUCAUGGAAGUCAUGCCAGCUCAAUAAAAGCUGCAUUAGAACAGCAACAACC